UAGCAGUAGCAGAAUUUCGCAAAAAAAUCAAAGAAGCUUUUGAAGUAUUUGACCAUGAGUCAAAUAAUGCAGUGGAUGUGAGAGAGAUCGGAACAAUUAUCAGGUCAUUAGGAUGCUGCCCUAGUGAAGGAGAGCUACAUGAUCUGAUUGCAGAGGUGGAGGAAGAAGAACCCACUGGAUACAUUCGAUUUGAAAAAUUUCUUCCAGUGAUGACUGAAGUACUACUGGAAAGAAGAUACAGACCAAUUCCGGAAGAUAUCCUUCAUCGAGCUUUUGAGGUGUUAGAUCCAGCUAAACGUGGGUUUCUUUCUAAGGAAGAAUUGAUCAAGUAUAUGACUGAAGAAGGUGAGCCUUUUUCUCAGGAGGAAAUGGAAGAAAUGUUGUCUGCUGCAAUUGAUCCAGAAUCGAAUUCAAUUCAUUACAAGGACUAUGUAACAAUGAUGGUGAAAGAUGAAAAUUAAACACUCUACAGACUUCAUUUCUAAUUGAAAGAUCAUUUUUAGAAUUGCUUGUCCUUGUUAAUUUCACAUUUUAUUUUAUAAUUCCUACAUAUUGCUAAUUAAUGCCUUGUGACAACU